GAGGAUAGUUCGAUUCCUUUGCACUAUGAUGGUGGCCAUGCUGCUCCAGCAACCAAAUGCGGAGCAGACCCAGGCCUUACUUGAGAAAUGUUCAAAUAUAAAAGAAUUGAAGCAGAUUCAUGGCCAAUUGUUGAAGAAAGGCGUAAUCAGGCACCAGAUAACACUGAGCAAGCUUUUGGCUUCAUAUGCAUCAAUAGAGUUGGGUAACUUGGUCUAUGCACGUAUGGUUUUUGACAGAAUAAGCUCACCAAAUACUGUCAUGUGGAACACCAUGAUCAGAGCAUACUCAAAUAGUAAUGACCCAGAAGCAGCGGUGCUUUUGUACCAUGAGAUGCUCCAUCAUCCAGUGCCUCAUAAUGCUUACACUUUCCCUUUCCUCCUCAAAGCAUGUUCUGCUCUCUCAGCCUUCGAAGAAACCCAACAAAUCCACGCUCAUAUUUUCAAAAGAGGUUUUGGUUCAGAGGUUCAUGCCACAAAUUCCCUUCUUCAUGCUUAUGCAAUUUCAGGCAACAUACAAUAUGCACAAGUACUAUUCAAUCGGCUUCGCUCACGUGACAUUGUUUCAUGGAAUACAAUGAUUGAUGGAUACAUAAAAUUUGGAAACUUAGACAUGGCCAACAAGAUUUUUCAAGCUAUGCCAGUGAAGAAUGUCAUCUCUUGGACAACCAUGAUUGUUGGCUUUGUUAGGACAUGCAUGCACAAAGAAGCUCUUUCUCUUCUACAGCAAAUGCUAGUUGAAGGCAUCAAACCUGAUAGUAUAACCCUUAGCAGCUCUCUUUCAGCAUGUGCAGGCCUUGGUGCAUUGGAGCAAGGCGAGUGGAUUCACACCUAUAUUGAAAAAUAUAAAAUAAAAAUAGAUGCAGUUUUGGGUUGUGUUCUUAUAGACAUGUACGUUAAAUGUGGUGAAAUGGAAAAGGCCCUUUCAGUGUUCAGUAAGUUGAAAAAGAAAGGUGUCUGUGCAUGGACGGCUAUAAUCGGUGGCUUUGCAGUGCAUGGAAAGGGAAAAGAAGCUAUAGAUUGGUUUAUCCAAAUGCAGAAAGCAGGAAUUAAGCCAACUUCAAUUACUUUCACUGCAAUACUGACUGCAUGUAGUCAUGCAGGACUAACUGAAGAAGGAAAGUCCCUCUUUGAGAGGAUGAAUGUUGUUUAUAACAUUAACCCUUCUAUGGAACAUUAUGGAUGCAUGGUGGACCUUCUGGGUCGCGCAGGGUUGUUGGAAGAAGCAAAGGAGUUCAUAGGGUCCAUGCCCAUAAAGCCAAAUGCUACAAUAUGGGGAGCACUGCUCCAUGCUUGCCACCUACACAAAAAUUUUGAGCUUGGUAAAGAGAUUGGAAAAGUUCUGAUUGAAUUGGACCCUGAUCAUGGUGGCAGGUACAUUCAUUUGGCAAGCGUUUAUGCUGCAGCUGGAGAAUGGAACCAAGCGGUCAGAGUGAGAAGCCAGAUCAAACAUAGGGGGCUGGUAAAUCUCCCAGGAUGCAGUAGCAUCACUCUUAAUGGGGUUGUCCACGAGUUCUUUGCUGGGGCUAGUUCCCACCCACAUAUCCUCGAGAUAUAUGACAUGCCUAAUCUUCUUCCAAAUAGAUAAUAGAGGAGAAUGAAAAUGGAUUUAGCGAAUAUGGGACGAUAGAAUAAUUGUUUUUCUCCCCCUGUUUGGAUGUAAUUAAAUUGGGAGGAAUGAAAUGAGAAGAGGUGGUUUCCAUUGCGUGGAAACUAGAGAUGAAAGAAAAGCGGAAAUUCGGAUAUUCCGAUCAGAUUCGGCAAGAGAACCCGAACGGGCCCAUUACUAUGUUUGGCCCAAUAAAGCCCGAACAUGUUGAGCCCAAGAUACGAAUAACGAAAUCCAGUAGGGAAUCAGGGACAAGCGACGAAAAGAAAGAAAUGUGGCGGUCACUGAAACUGGCGAGGAAGGUGAAACCGAAAGUGGUAAGUGGGGUCCAUUUGAAAUGGAUGAGCACAGUGAUGAGUUUCGGAGAUGGAAGCCAUGGUGCGCUUGGUCUUGGAUUACCCGCCGGUGUGGAACCAGACGCAUACGAGCCUACUCCUGUUCCUGCUCUACCUUCCGAUAUUGUUAGCGUCCAUGCCGGCCAUUAUCACUCUCUCGCCCUCACUUCUAAUGGCCACCUCUGGGCCUGGGGCAGAAACAACGAAGCCCAACUUGGCCGUGGCCUUAUCUCUUGCGGAGAAAGAGAAUCAUGGCACGAGCCUAAAAGAGUAGAGGGAUUAGAACAUGUGAAUGUGUGUGCUGCUUUUGCGUCUGGGGUUGUUUCUGCUGCUGUCGGGGAUGAUGGUUCGGUAUGGGUAUGGGGGAAGUCUAAGCGUGGCCAACUUGGCCUAGGUAAGAAUAUUACCCAGGCUGUUGCACCUACCAAGGUUGAAGCACUUUCUGGACAAAACGUAGCCAAGGUUUCGUUUGGUUGGGGGCAUGCUCUUGCCCGGACUGUGGAUGGAAAGUUGUUUGGGUGGGGGUAUUCAGCAGAUGGUAGGAUUGGGAAAAUGGGGAAUCACUUUCAGACAUCUCCGUUGGAAUCCACGUUUUCAAAUAAUGCAGAAGAACUAUCGAGUUCAGACGUGGAAGUUGCCGAAAAGAGAGUCUUGGAAGGAAUGGAGGAGGAGAAUAACAUGCCAAUAAUAUGGGAACCUACAUUGGUAGAAGAACUCCAUGGGGUUCAUGUUGUGGACAUUGCUUGUGGACUUGAUCACUCUCUGGUUCUUUGCCGCGACGGUGCACUCUUGAGCUGCGGGAGCAACGUUUAUGGGCAGUUGGGACGAGCUAAAACGGAUUUGGGAAUUUUCCCUGUUGAUACGAGUUUGAGUCCUGUUUCUAUAGCAGCAGGGCUUGGGCAUUCUUUGGCAAUAUGUCAGCUCGCUGAAUCAGAUGGUAGUGUUGGUGUGGGGACUACAAAUGUUGCUUCGUGGGGAUGGAACCUCAGUUCUCAGCUUGGAAGGGAAGGGGAUGGGAACCUCCCCUCUUUGAUUGAUGCAUUGGAUGGGGAAAAUCCUGUCUUUGUUUCAGGAGGCCGUGCCCAUUCCCUUGCUCUCACCUCAAAGGGAGAAUUGUGGGCAUGGGGCUCUGGUAAAAAUGGCAGACUUGGAUUUCCAAGUUCUGCUGACCAAGUUGACCCACUUUGCCUUGAUUCUUUAGAGGGUUUUCAAAUUUUACAGGCUGUGUCAGGGUUUGAUCAUAAUCUCGUGCUAGUUGCUGGCUGAUCUGGUUUCAACACAUGCCUUGCUUUUUAGGUUCCGAAAGUUUAGUUUCGGGGGAAAGAAAGGAAAAACAGAUUAUUGUGUAACUAGGAAAAAAUGUAGAGAUGUCUUUCAAGCUUGAACUUAAAGGUGGAGCUUAUCCGUCUAAAGACAAAUCUAAGCACCCCCCUUGGUAUAAAUGUCAGAUAUGUUUAUCUUUACGGUUUUAUAUGUUUCAUUGCAUAAGCUUAAACUUCAUCGUAGUGUUGU